UCUGCCCCUCGCUUGUUUUCCCCAUAAAUUUAUCGGGUACCCUGAAACAUAACCUCCACUGUCUGACAAAACCGUAAGAUAAGGGCGGAUUGAGGGGAUACUCCCCCUUCCCAAAUGAUAUGUUCACCGUAAGAAAGGAGAAAAGCCUCUGGUUCCUGAGACUGUGGGUAUUACUGCCGUUGUCUCAGGAGCUGUUUAAACAGUGGGAAGGAGAGGGAGCUAGAGACUCUUCUCCAGCUGCCAUCCUACUCCUGCUCCUCCCCCUCCUCCUCCUCCUUCUCCUCCUCCUCCUCCACCAGAACACUUCUCUUUCUCAUCACAUCCAGAGCAUUUUGGAGAUGUGAGGAAUAGGAAGAGAUUGGUGAUAUUGAGCAGCCUGUGCACUGACACGACCCUUGACCUCAUCUUCAGCAUGAAUGGUGAUAUGCCUCAUGUCCCCAUCACUACUCUUGCUGGAAUUGCUAGCCUGACAGACUUGUUGAACCAGCUGCCCUUGCCUUCCCCUCUCCCUGCCACCACUGCUAAGAGUCUGCUCUACAAUGGAAGGAUCUCUGAAGAGGUCAGCAGCCUGCUGGUGUGCCGGGACGAGAAUCUGGUGACUCAGGUGGCACAUAGCCUUAACCAGGUCUCUACUCAACACAUAGAGUUGAAAGACAACCUGGGGAAUGAUGAACCCGAGGGUGACAUGCCAGUGCUUCUACAAGCUUUGCUGUCCAGGAACCCCAAAAUCUUCAGGGACAAAAGUAUGCCAACCCAUUACAAGGUUUGGGGUGGUGUAAUGACACAGCCAUUGAUCCAACAGUAUAAGAUAUCUCAGAAUCAGGUUCAUGGGAGUCCAGCAUCAAACUAUCAGCAAUCCAGUGUUCCUCAAAGCCCCUCUGGAUGCUUUACGUCCUCACAGCCUGGGGCAGCUACUCGGUUAGUACCCCAGCAGAACAGCCCUAUACCAAGUCCCUAUACCCCUCAGAGUCCUGCAGAGUACAUGCAAUACAAUCCACCCAGUUAUUCCCAACACCAACGGACUCAGCCAGUUGCUGGUGAUGUAAGAAAUAUCCAUGAUAACAAGGUUUCUGGACAAAUAAGUAGUUCAUCUAAUCACAAUACGAGAGUAGGCUUGGAUGAAGAAUACAUAAACAUGGCCCACAGACUAGAAAAUGAGGAGAAUGACCCCUCCAUGAGGGCAGGAGCAUUUCCAGUUAAGUCACCACAGUCUGUGCGUUCCCCUGUUGGGAAUGAAGAGGCUGCAAAAACAGGCUCCAGACCUCCUCUUAUCAUGCAGUCACCUCCACCGGCUGUCCCACUAGGUUCAUCACCCGACCUGCUCUUCACCUCUGCUGACCGCAAAAAAAAGCAGAAAGAAAGGAGUAAAGAGGGAGAUGAGGAGAUGGACAGAAAUAUCAUGCAGUCACCUCCACCGGAUGUCCCACUAGGUUCAUCACCCGACCUGCUCUUCACCUCUGCUGACCGCAAAAAAAAGCAGAAAGAAAGGACUAAAGAGGGAGAUGAGGAGAUGGACAGAAAUGCUUUGUUUGACAUUAUUAGUUGUCCAUCAAAAGACACUGCCAGGCUGACCUUAAAACUGUCCAGAGUGAAGUUUCCAGACAUAGAUCAAUCUGAACAACUUCCUCCUAAGACGCAUGUGGACUCAGACCAUAAAACUCUUUUGAUGAAUAACAAUAAUCAGCUGUCAAGGACUGCCCAGGACCUGUUAUACAACCUAGGUGCUGAGGAGCAGGCCAGCUGUCAUCAGGUUCCCAUGCAGCCAAAUACCAUGGAGACUGGAGUUGUAAGUGGGGUUGUGUGUGAUGAUGCUGAGGUAGAUGCACUUACAGAGUUUGAGAGAACAGAGCGCGAGUCAGCUAAUGAGAAAGAACGAUGGUCUAAAGAAGUCCAGGAUAAAGACAAACCACUGAAGAAAAGGAAGCAAGAUUCGUAUCCUCAGGAAUCUGGAGCUGAGGCAAGUGAUGGGUCUACUUUUCAAGGAGACAACACUGGCAGCAAGUUGACACCCAAGAACAUGCUUUCUGCAAGUAACGGUUCCAGUCGACCCACUUUAAUGGUCAGUAUUGAUCUGCAGCAAGCUGGAAGAAUGAUAGGACAGCCUGUAGUGGUCCUGGAAGCACAGCAAUUGUGUGAGGACCACCUAAAGCACCUGAAAUCAAAGACUGAUGAAAAGGUAGAUAAAACAGUUGAAAACAGACCUGGAAUCAUCAAGCAGCAUUCUGACAAAUCCAGAAAGCCUGGCUUAGAUGGACAACCAGAAACUCCUAAACUGAAGCAGGAAAGUCAGCGGGAAUCCAAACACAGACAUGAUGUCAAAACUGGCAGUGGCAAGGGACAUUUAGAUGACAGACAGCCAAACAUGCCAUGGCAGAAGCAUGACAAGCAUUCAGUCUCACACCACAAAGAGGAAAAGAAUCUCAACGGUCACCGAUCCCACGUCAGCCAAUCUGAGACUCGAAAAACCGUGAGCAAGGCAGAGCAUAACUGCAGACAUGGACAAGACAAAGCCAGAGAAAGAGACAGGGAUAAGGACAUAGAUAAAGAAAAAAAAAGGAAUGGAGACAGGGACAAGGAAAGAAAUAGAGACAGAGACCGGGAAAAGAAACUCAAGACAUUGUCAAGGGAAAACUGCAACAGACAGUUUCCUGAUAAGUGUGCUAAAUCUGAUAGCCCUAGAGUGAAGCAAGAUGGAAACAGAAAAUCCACUGACCUCAGUGGUCGUCAGAGGACAGACAGUACCACUUUUCAAAACCCCCAAAAUAAGAAAGAGAAGAAAAGCGGGGAUGGCAGCAUUAGUUGCCAAGCUGGAAGCAAAUUGCACUCUUCUGAGAUAAAACCUAGCAAGUUGCCCUCGUACCUGCUGGGUGGCAAGUCAGGGAGUCUGAAGAACUUUGUGAUUCCUAAACUGAAGCAAGAUGGAAGAGAGAAAGACCUCCAGCUGCUCAGCAAAUUCAAAGACAGCUGCAGCCAACCCCUGGUCAGACUGGAGCGAGUGUCAUUGGUAGACAGUUUAAACAAAAAAGCUAAGCCCAUUGUUGUGCUUCGAAAACUCAGUAUUGAUGAGGUAAAAGGGAUCAUUAGGGAAAGCAGGAAAGCACACAGCUCCAGAUCCAGGCACCUGUCCUUCUUUGACAAACCAGGGAGAGAGAUGUCAAACAAGCGAAAGCACAAUAUGAUCAGUAAGAGAUCUAAGUACACUGAGGUGAGCUCAGAUGAAGACAGUGAUGAUGAGCGCUCUGAAGCUGCAAGGAAAAGGUACAAGAAAGACCAUGACAAAACAUGGAAGACUGAAGAGAGGAGAAGUUCUGGAGAUCACCAUCGAAGUGGAGGUUUUCAUAGUGCGCGCCUGGGUUGUGGUAAUCGUCAUCGUGAAUGGAUCCAAGAUGAUUCAGAUGAGGACUCUCCACCACCAAGCCUAAGCGAUGUUACCAGAAAAUGGAAGAAAAAGGAGAAACAGAAAAACAGGAAGGCCUACAACUCAAAGCUGGCACCAGAGGAAAUGAUGGACUCCUCCACAUUUAAGAGAUUCUCAGCCGGUGUGGAUAACAUUCUUGAGAGCCUUGAGGACGUGGACCUCACUGUGACAGAGGAUGAUGAGAUUCCUCAAGAGUUCUUGCUUGGAAAGCACCAGUUGAGCGAGCUAGGCAGCGAUUCUGCUAAGAUUAAAGCUAUGGGCAUCUUUAACAAGUUUUCAUCUGGUAAACUGGUGAAAAUUUUGAAUAUCCUUGAGAAGAACAUUCAGGACAGCGUCAAACUAUCCACGUUAAUAAAUCAUGAUAAUGAUUCCAUGGAUGAGGAGCGGUUGUGGCGUGACCUUAUCAUGGAGCGGGUGACCAAAUCUGCUGAUGCCUGUCUGAUUGCACUCAACAUAAUGACAUCUCCACACAUGCCUAAGGCUGUUUAUAUAGAGGAUGUGAUUGAAAGGGUAUUGCAGUACACCAAGUUCCAUCUGCAAAACUCCUUGUACCCUCAGUAUGACCCAGUCUACAGAGUGGAUCCCCAUGGAGGUGGCGUGCAUACUUCGAAGUCCAAGAGCAAGAGAGCAAAGUGUUCCGUCCAUAAACAGAAGGUGGUAGUCAUGCUCUACAACAAAGUGUGUGAUAUUGUCAGCAACAUCUCAGAGCUCCUGGAGAUCCAGCUUCUAACUGACACCACAAUCCUCCAGGUGUCCACCCUGGGAAUUACACCUUUUUUUGUGGAGAAUGUCAGUAAACUGCAGUUAUGUGCCAUCACAGUAGUGACAGCAGUCUUCUCUCGUUAUGAGAAACACAGACAACUCAUUCUUGAAGAGAUCUUCACGUCCCUGGCUAGACUACCUUCUAGUAAACGCAGCCUCAGGAACUUCAGGCUAAACAGCAGUGAUUCAGAUGGAGAUCCCUUGUAUAUCCAGAUGGUCACAGCUCUGGUGCUUCAGCUCAUCCAGUGUGUGGUGCAGCUUCCCUCUGACAUGGAGGAUGAACAUAAUAAUAAGGUGGAUAAAGAUCUUCUUAUCACAAACUCUUAUGAAACUGCCAUGAGGACAGCUCAGAACUUCCUAUCAGUUUUUCUCAAAAAGUGUGGCAGUAAGCAGGGAGAGGAGGACUACAGGCCUCUCUUUGAGAACUUUGUUCAUGACUUGCUGUCUACAGUCAACAAGCCUGAAUGGCCUGCAGCUGAACUGCUUCUCAGUUUACUGGGCCGGCUGUUGGUGCACCAGUUCAGUAACAAGCAGACAGAAAUGGCACUCAGGGUGGCAUCGCUGGACUACCUCGGCACUGUUGCUUCUCGCCUGCGUAAAGAUGCUGUCACUAGCAAGAUGGACCAAAAGGGACUUGACCGCAUCCUCAAGGAGAUUCCAGGCAAUGAUGAGAUUCAGCGACUCCAGAGAGCCUUGCUAGACUACCUUGAUGAGAAUAUUGAGACAGAUCCAUCUUUAGUUUUUGCCAGGAAGUUUUACAUUGCCCAGUGGUUCAGGGACUUAACAAGUGAGGCAGAGAAAGCCAUGAAGUCUCAAAAUGAGAACAAUGUGGACUUAAAAGGUCGACGCCAUUCCAAAGGUGUUGACUCAAGUGGGGAGAUUAUGCAGAGAGCCGAGCCACGAAAGAAAUUCCUUCGCAAGGUUAUCAAAACUUCACCAUCUCAUUUCAGUUCUGUAAGGAUAAACUCGGACACAGUAGACUAUGAAGACUCCUGUCUCAUUGUCAGAUAUCUAGCCUCUAUGAGGCCGUUUGCACAGAGCUUUGAUAUUUAUUUAUCACAGAUUUUGAGAGUGCUGGGUGAGAGCGCUAUUGCAGUCAGAACUAAAGCCAUGAAGUGUCUGUCCGAAGUAGUGGCUGUGGAUCCAAGUAUUCUGGCACGGACGGAUAUGCAGCGUGGGGUUCAUUGUCGCCUUAUGGACAAUUCCACCAGUGUGCGAGAGGCAGCUGUGGAGCUUCUUGGCCGUUUUGUGCUAAGUCGACCUGAGCUUAUUGAGCAGUAUUAUGACAUGCUCAUAGAAAGGAUACUGGACACGGGUAUCAGUGUAAGGAAGAGGGUCAUUAAGAUCCUGAGGGAUAUUUGCCUGGAGCUGCCAGACUUCCACAAGAUCACUGAGAUGUGUGUCAAAAUGAUACGAAGGGUCAACGACGAAGAGGGGAUAAAGAAACUGGUGAAUGAGACAUUUCAGAAACUCUGGUUCACCCCUACACCCAGUCAUGACAAAGAUGCCAUGACCAGAAAGAUCCUGAACAUCACAGAUGUGGUGUCGGCGUGUAAAGAUUCAGGCUAUGACUGGUUUGAGCAGCUUCUCCAGAAUCUACUGAAGGCAGAAGAGCAAGCCUCGUACAAACCUACCAAAAAGGCUUGUGUUCAGUUGGUGGACAAGCUUGUGGAACACAUACUGAAAUAUGAGGAAUCUCUUGCAGACUGUGAGGAUAAAGGAGUCAACUCAGGUCGUUCGGUGGCAUGCAUCACCACACUUUACUUGUUUAGCAAAAUCAGAGCACAGUUAAUGGUCAAACAUGCCAUGACUAUGCAACCCUACUUGACCACCAAGUGCAAUACUCAGAAUGACUUCAUGGUGAUAUGCAAUGUGGCCAAGAUCCUUGAGCUGGUUGUGCCUUUGAUGGAGAACCCAAGUGAGACUUUCCUCACUACCAUAGAAGAAGACCUGAUGAAGCUGAUCUUCAAACAUGGCAUGACGGUUGUACAACACUGUGUGAGCUGUCUUGGUGCUAUUGUGAACAAGGUCACGCACAACUACAAGUUUGUCUGGGCUUGUUUCAACCGUUACUAUGGAGCUCUGGCAAAACUCAAGACACAACACCAAGAGGACCCCAGCAGCUCCACUCUGGUUACCAACAAACCUACUCUCCUGCGUUCACUGUUUACUGUUGGAGCUCUCUGUCGACACUUUGAUUUUGACCAAGAGGAGUUUAAGGGCGCAAACAAGAUUGUCAUUAAGGACAAAGUGUUGGAACUUUUACUGUACUUCACCACUCAUGAAGAUGACGAGGUCCAGCUCAAGGCCAUCAUAGGCCUAGGCUUCCAGUUCAUCAUGCACCCAGAGCUCAUGUUUGUGCAGGAUGUCAAGGUUCUGUACAACAGUAUCCUCUCGGAUGAGAACAGUUUGGUCACUUUGAAGAUCCAGGUGCUAAAAAACCUGCAGACAUACCUGCAGGAGGAGGACUCUCGAAUGCAGGAGGCUGAUCGGGAGUGGAAAAAGCAAGCCAAGCAAGAGGAUCUGAAGGAAAUGGGGGACAUCUCCUCAGGCAUGAGCAGCUCCAUAAUGCAGAUUUACCUGAAGCAGGUGCUGGAGUCCUUCUUCCACUCACAGUCUGCAGUUCGGCACUUUUCCCUUAGUGUCAUUACACUGACUCUGAGCCAGGGCCUCAUCCAUCCUGUACAGUGUGUGCCCUACUUGAUUGCCAUGGGAACAGACCCUGAGCCAACCAUGAAGAACAAGGCUGACCAACAGCUGGUGGAGAUAGACAAGAAAUAUUCAGGAUUCAUCCAUAUGAAAGCCGUUGCAGGGUUGAAGAUGUCUUAUCAGGUGCAACAGGCCAUAAAUGGUUCCAAAGACACAGUGAUUCGAGGUUUUCGUCACGACGACUCAGACUCAGCUCUGUGCUCUCACCUCUACACUAUGGUCCGUGGGAACCGGCAGCAUAGAAGGGCUUUCCUCAUUUCCCUGCUCAACCUGUUUGAUGACAGCUCCAGAACAGAGGUGAACAUGUUGCUGUUCGUAGCAGACAACUUGGCCUGUUUCCCCUAUCAGACCCAGGAAGAGCCUCUUUUCAUCAUGCACCAUAUAGAUAUUACUCUGUCUGUCUCUGGUAGCAACCUUCUCCAGUCUUUCAAGGAGUCUUUACGGAAAGAGCCUGUACAGCAGAAAAAGAAGAUGAAGAAGAAGAAGAAGAAGCAGCAACCUUGGAGGAAAAAAUACAGCUCUGAUGACGAUGAUGACGAUGAAGACAAGGAUGAUGAACAGAGCAGUAACAAAUCCAGCAGCGAUGAGGAUGAGGAGGUUGUCCACAGGCGAAAGAAAUCCUUGGCUUCUGAUUCUGACUCUGACAUGGAAGAUGAGGAUGCAGUAAUGGACCGUUUGCCUGAAAACCCCAACCCUCUGCUGGACUUUGCCAGUGCUUCGCAGGGUAUUCUGCUGCUGCUGGUGCUCAAGCAACACCUGAAGAAUCUAUAUGGCUUCUCAGACAGCAAAAUUCAGAAGUAUUCACCAACAGAAUCAGCCAAAGUGUACGACAAGGCAGUGAACAGGAAGUCUAAGGUGCACUUCAACCCUCGUCAAACACUGGACUACAUGAAGAAUGAUCUAGCCAAAAGAGAUCUCAGCUACGAGACCAAGAGGAAUAUUGUGAAACAGUAUUUGGAUUUUAAGGUACUGAUGGGGCACUUGGAUCGUGAUGAAGAGGACGAGGAGGCUGAAGCAAGUGCCAAUGCCAGAAACAAAGCCAUUACUUCAUUGUUGAGGGGUCCAAAACCCCAGAACCACAACCACAAUAAUCACACUGCUCCAGUAGAGACAGAUGAUGAGGAGAGUGAGGAUGAAGAUCCACCUGCAUGCAAACCAAGGAAAGGCAGGGAUUCCACAGAGGAUCCUGGUCACAUGAAUGAGACAGUGGAGGCCAUGGACGUUAUUGCCAUCUGCUGUCCCAAAUACAAAGACAGACCACAGAUUGCUAGGGUCAUCCAGAAGACCAGAACUGGCUACAGUAUACACUGGAUGACUGGGUCUUACUCUGGGCCCUGGGCUGAGGCAAGAAAACGGGAAGGUCGCAAAAAGGUGCCUUGGGUUGACAGUAUCAAGGAGUCAGACAUUAUAUACAAGAAAAUCUCCCUGACAAGUGGACACAAGCUUACAAACAAAGUGGCACAGACGUUACGAGCACUAUAUGCUGCCAAGGAGGGGACUAAGAGUUAAUAAGCUGAACCCUCACAGCCUAACUCUUUGUGGAUCUGAUAUGUUACAGAGCAAGGACAACACCCUUUUGUUGUGAACACUGAACUGUUUGAACACAGAUAUAUUUAAGUUCAACACAAGAAGGAAAUGUUUGGGAAAACAUUGUGUGGGAGUUCCUUCGCUGUUGUGCAGCAACUUGGUCGUUUGAUUUUUACUCCUGCUGUAUCAUAGUUUAACACAUGUUUAUAUCUGAACAAAAUUCUGUAAAAAUUGAAGUGAAUGUUGGAAAUUAGUGUAUUGAUGAUGUUCUUAAUAAAGUGUUUAUGGAGUUUAAACUAGCACCAGAUAGAUUUAUUCACUUCACAUGAGCUCCAGCAAUUUUUUCCCCCUAGUUUUAAACAUUUUAGUUUUUUGUCCACACUGUGUAAUGAAGUAUAUUUGAUAUCAUUUAUUUAUGUUAAAAGAAGUGCAGUAUAUGUGCCUAUGCAGGGGAAGUUAGAUUGUUUUUAAUAGAGGUUUUGAUGUUAUAGAACACAGAGCAAGAAAAUUGAGUCCCCAAUUCUCUUGGUGGAUUAAAUACCACAAU